AUUUUAAUAACAAAUCAUUAUCAUAGUACAAUUAUUAUCAACAAAAUCUCCGGAGAAAAUAAUUUUUUAUUUGAGCAAGUUGCAGGAUAUCAGUAAUCCUAUAAAGAGCAAUAAUACAACUAAGGUCCUUAUUCUGAAUUACUAUGGCUCAAUCGGAUUUGCUAGUUUCAAGCUGGUGCAAAAAUGUCAAGUCCUUACCUGCAGAUUAUAUAAUGCCACCAGAGAAAAGAACUACUGAUUUUUCGGUGUCCAAAGACAUUCCUGUUCUUGAUUUAGGACAAGAAGCUGGCCGUGGUAGAUCAGCUUUAAUCCAACAAAUUAUCAAGGCGGGUGAGGAGUUCGGGGCCUUCCAGGUGAUUAACCAUGGCGUAUCAGACGACUUGAUGCAUGAAGCAAUGAGGGUGUAUGAGGAAUUCUUCAGCUUGCCAGUCGAUGAUCAUGAAAGCCUACUGUCAGAUGAUUUUUACAAGAGUGUUAGGCUCUACACGAGUGGCUAUAAUUAUGCUAACGAGGAUCAUCACCUGUGGAAAGACACUCUGAAACACCCUGCUUGCGCACAUCCACAAGAUGAGGUUGUUCAAGGUUGGCCUGAUAAGCCAGAAAGAUACAGAGAGAUUAUCACAAAAUAUUCAGUCGAAGUGAGGAAAAUGAGCGUUAGGAUCUUAGACCUGAUCUGCGAAGGACUUGGCCUUGAAGAGGGCUUUUUCAGAGGUGAGCUAAGCCAAGGAAUCGGCAUGGUGAUCAACAAUUAUCCACCAUGUCCAGAACCAAGUUUGGCCAUGGGCAUACAUGCACAUUGUGACCCUUAUACCUUAACCGUGAUUCAGCAACAAGUCUACGGGCUUCAGAUCAAGAAAAGCGGCAAAUGGAUUGGUGUCGACCCCCUUCCUAAUGCAUUUGUUAUCAUGAUCCCUUACCAACUGCAGAUCAUCAGUAAUGGUAAGCUGAGCAGCUGCGAGCAUCGCGGAGUGACCAAUACAAGCGAAGCUCGGAUAUCGGUUGUCACAUUCUGUGGUCCGUCUAAGGAAAGUGUCAUCGGGCCUGCAAAAGAGCAUGUCAGUGCUUCCAAUCCACCGCAAUUCAAAACAUACAAGUACCUGGAUUUUCAGAUGAAUUAUCUAUAUCACUUGUCCAAGAAGAACCUUUGCAAUGAAACAGCACUGGGGCCUUACCUGCUCUAGGCUAAAUUCAAGUACUCUCAUAUCAUGCUCAGUUCAAUAUUGCACUGUGUGUUUGUGUGUGUGUGACACAGUCUGUCUACUCUGUACAGAUUUAAUCUAUAUGCAAUUGUGCAUUCUACAAGUUGUAAUGUAUCAUGUACUGUUCAUCGUUUUGUAAUCAAACUUGGCCUUGAAUUCGAAUUAUUAGCAAAUUGAUUUUGAUCA